AUGGCCGAGCAAGCUACACAAGUAAAUAGAGUAAUCUCCCCUUUACAGGAAGAGGAAGUGUGGGUAAGUGGAAGAUCCGAAUCAGAAGCAAGAGAAAAGGCUGGGAGAAAAUUUGGUAUACCUACGAAUGAGGUGACUUUAGAACAAGAUGAAGAUGUUUUAGACACAUGGUUUUCCUCUGCUUUGUUUCCGUUUGCUGUUCAUGGUUGGCCAAAUCAGGCAGAUGAUCUGUAUGAUUUUUAUCCAAUAAGUUUACUGGAGACAGGAAAUGACAUCUUGUUUUUCUGGGUGGCACGGAUGGUGAUGUUUGGUCAGAGAUUAACAGGAAAACUUCCCUUCAAACAGAUUUUAUUACAUGGUCUGUUGAAAGAUUCUGUGGGACGUAAAAUGAGUAAAUCACUAGGUAACGUGGUCGACCCUAUAGAUGUUAUUCAAGGCUUACCACUACAGGAAAUGCAGACACAACUUAAACAAAGUAAUUUAGAUGAAAAAGAAAUAAAAAAGGCGUUGGAAUCACAGAGAAGAGAAUUUCCACAAGGUUUACCUGAAUGUGGGGCUGAUGCCUUGAGAUUUACUCUCUGUUCUUAUGAUUUUAAAGCUGGAGAGAUAAGUCUGGAUGUCGCUCAUGUUAAAAGUUAUCGUCAUUUCUGUAAUAAAAUCUGGCAGGGAUUCCGAUUCGUUGCAGAUAAAUUGGGAAAUGAUUUUAAACCCGAGAAAUUACAGAAUUUUGACAACAGAUCAUACAAUGCUGUAGAUUUUUGGAUAUUAAGUCGAUUGAGUCACAUGAUACAGUCAUGUGACGACCAUUUUAGGUCGUAUGAUUUACACCAUGCUACCCGAUGUUUACAUACAUUCUGGCAAUCUGAAUUCUGUGAUGUUUAUUUGGAAAAUGUGAAAUCAGUAUUUAUUGAAGGCAGUGAAGAUGACAGGUUGUUGAAACGACAAAUUUUAUUUACAUGCGUGGAAACAUUUCUACGAGCUUUGAGUCCUUUUAUGCCUUUUAUAACAGAAGAGCUUUAUCAAAGAUUACCAGAGAAGGGAGAUAAAUCCGUCAGUGUCUGUAUAGCUCCGUAUCCACAACCACAUCAGUAUAAAUGGAGAGAUGAAGAUAUUGAAGAUGAAAUGAAAAAUGUACAGGUUGUUAUAAAUAAAGUUUUAUCGCUGAGAAGAUUUUUUAAUUUAACAAAAACUAAAGCUGACACAUAUUUAAGAAUUAAAGACAGCGAAAUGGAUGUGUGGAAUAAAUAUAGUUCGAUAUUAAAAACAUUAUCUCGUGCCGGAACAUUUCAUAUAAUCAGUGAUGAAAGUGACUUACCUGAUACCUGUUGCCAUAGUUACAUAAACAAUAAUAUACAUAUAUAUCUUAACCUACAGGGUGUAGUAAAGUCUACUGUAGAAUAUCAGAGAUUAAAUCAACUCAAAGAUAAAUUAAAAAUUGAGUUACAGAAUAUCAACCAAACAAUAGAAACAGAUGAUGGAGAAUCAAAAGAAAUCCUGAAAAAGUUUACACAACAAAGAUAUGAUAAAGGUGUGGAAGUAGAAUUUAUAAACAAUGUGUUGAAAGUAUUAAAUAAUUUAAAAUAAAAUAUUGUCCAAACAGU